CCACGAAGAAGAAGAAGAGAAGGGGAGGAGCUGGGAGGACAGGACGCACUGACGGAAGAGCCAGCUGAUUCUGAUGAACACAUCUAUAACAAACCCUGACCAGCACAGCCUUGGCCUGGACUUAUAUUAUGUGUCUUGGUAACUCCGUGCUGGUUUUAAUGCAGUAUUGCGAACAGAAAUGCGUCAUGCUGGUUUAUCUCACAUGCCGCUCUCUUGUGUUGACGUUUAAGGCUCCUCAGAUCAGGAAGUGAAUCUACGUUGAUGGUCUGGGCUUUACUUUCACAUAUUCCACCGUGUUUUUACCAAGACACCACCUGAGACCAGACUUUGUUCCUGUCUAAUUGAGGUCUGAUCCGUCACCUGACCCGGGACAUCAAACCAGCAGCUGAACCCUGAUGUUUAUGAAGAAGAAAAGCCAAACGUGUCUGAUUGCGUCCAGUAUGGUUUCUUUAGUCCUGCUCAUGAUGGUGCUGUACAGCACAAUCGGCACCCAGGAGCAUCCAGGUAUCCUCGGCCUCAGGGCGGACUACCAGCUGGACAGACCCCUCUACAAGCUGGACCUGAGCUGGCCCAGGAACCCGGAGCUGUUCACGGGAGAGGUGUUUGGAGUGGCUGUGAACCAGUAUGCUGAUGUGGUGUAUGUGGCACAGAGAGGUGACAACAUCCCCAAGGUGCUCGUGUUCACCACAGAUGGCGAGUUCCUCAUGGCCUGGAACACGACCACGCUGGAGAUGCCUCAUGGGAUAUUUCUCGCGGACGCCGCCUCCUCAAACCCGACUGUGUGGAUCACAGAUGUGGGGGACGGCCCAUACGGUCACUGCGUCAAACAGUACUCCCCGUCAGGGAACCUCCUGCAGGUGCUUGGUACACCAGGGAAGGCCGGCUCCGGGAUGAACCCUCUGCAGUUCGACCAGCCGGCUGAGAUCUUUGUGCACGACUCCGGGGAGAUGUAUAUUGUGGAUGGUGAUGGUGGGUUGAACAACCGCCUCAUGAAGCUGUCCAAAGACCAGGACGUGCUGUGGCUGCACGGGGAGAAGGGACAAAACCCGGCUCAGUUCUACAUCCCCCACAGCGUGACGGUGGACAGUGCCCAGAGGGUGUGGGUGGCUGACAGAGGGAACAAGAGGAUCCAGGUCUUUAACUCCAUCACUGGAGACUGGCUGGGGACGUGGGGAAGCUGUUUCACAGAAGAUGCUCCCUACUCGGUCCGCCUGACCCCAGACAAGAAGUACUUUAUUGUCGUGCAGCUGAACACCAACCAGAUCUCGCUGCUAGAAGCCCCGCCGGUGGGUCUGAUUGGUCAGUGCAAGGUGGUGAGUGUGAUCCAGCUGGCCGAUGAAGUGAAGCCACACCUGGUGGACCUGGACCUGAAGACAGGUGCCCUGUUUGUGGCUGAGAUUGGAGCUCAGCAGGCCCAGAAGUUCACCCCCUUCAGUCUGGGUGGGAGUUACCUGUAGAGCCACACUCUGUCUGAAUGAGAUGAGUGAUCACAAACAUUUUAUCUAUUGAUCGAAAGUGUCCAUGUCUGUCAUGCAAUGUUUGAUCAGAAGUUUCCUGCAGAUCAGAUCUUGUUGUAGUGCUUUUUUUGUCAUGAAUGUGACGUAUAACAAGGUAUCAGCUUAUGAAGGACUAUUUCAAAGAAACUCACAGAAAUUAAAGUUUAAUACUCCAUAAAUCUUA